CGCCACCCUCCCGGCAUGGCGGCUCCGGCCAAGCGCGCGCGGACCGGCGACGGGCCGCCCCUCCCCGCGCCCUGCCGGGUCCCGAGAGUCGCCGGCGCGCCCCCGACGCCCCCGGAUCCCGGGCGCGGCCACGCCACUUGCUUCUCCCCGCUGGCGGCGGGGCCCAGCGGUGACGCGCCGGACGGCGACGCGGUGGCCGGCUUCCUGCGCUGGUGCGCGGGAGUGGGGCUGGAGCUGAGUCCCAAGGUGGCGGUGAGCCGGCAGGGCACGGUGGCCGGCUAUGGCAUGGUGGCGCGGGAGAGCGUGCAGCCGGGGGAGCUGCUGUUCGCAGUGCCGCGCUCGGCGCUUCUGUCCCCCGACACCUGCUCCAUCGGCGGCCUGCUGGAGCGAGAGCGAGGCGCGCUGCAGAGCCUGUCCGGGUGGGUGCCGCUGCUGCUGGCGCUGCUCCACGAGCUGCAGGCCCCAGCCUCACCCUGGAGCCCCUACUUCGCGCUCUGGCCAGAGCUGGGGUGUUUGGAGCAUCCCAUGUUUUGGCCAGAGGAGGAGCGGCUGCGCCUCCUCAAGGGUACAGGUGUCCCGGAGGCCGUUGAGAAGGAUUUGGUGAACAUCCGCAGCGAAUACUAUUCCAUCGUCCUGCCCUUCAUGGAGGCUCACUCCGAUCUCUUCAGCCCCACUGUUCGCUCUCUAGAACUCUAUCGCCAGCUCGUGGCCAUUGUAAUGGCUUAUAGCUUUCAAGAACCACUGGAGGAAGAGGAUGAUGAAAAGGAGCCGAAUUCCCCCUUGAUGGUGCCUGCAGCAGACAUACUAAACCACACAGCCAAUCACAAUGCCAAUCUCGAGUACUCUGCAGAUUACCUCCGGAUGGUAGCUCUUCAGCCCAUUGCUAAAGGUCAUGAGAUUUUCAACACCUAUGGGCAGAUGGCUAACUGGCAGCUGAUUCAUAUGUACGGUUUUGCUGAGCCCUAUCCUGACAACACAGAUGAUACAGCCGAUAUUCAGAUGGUGACUGUCCGAGACGCUGCACUCCAGGGAACAAAGGAUGAAGCUGAAAGGCUGCUCUUGUGUGAACGCUGGGAUUUCCUGUGCAAACUGGAGAUGGUAGGGGAAGAGGGAGCCUUUGUGAUUGGUCGUGAGGAGGUGUUGACGCAAGAGGAGCUAGCCACCACACUUAAGGUACUGUGCAUGCCUGCUGAGGAGUUCAGAGAAUAUAAAAACCAGGCUGGACAGGGAGGAGAAGAAGAAAGGGAAGAGGACAGUCUCACAAUCACAAAUAUCCCCAAGCUCCAAGUAUCAUGGAGACGACUUCUUCGAGACAGUGUUCUGUUGACCCUAGAGACUUAUGCCACGGACUUACAAACUGAGCAAGAUUUACUUAGUAAUAAGGAGGUCUAUGCCAAGCUCAGCUGGCGGGAACAGCAAGCCUUACAAGUCCGCUAUGGCCAGAAGAUGAUCUUACAUCGGUUGUUGGAACUCACAAGUUAGCAGGUGCCCUGAAUGACCAGCAGUGAGAAUCUUUUAAGAUCAUGUUUUGCUUGGAAAGGAGGGAAAUUUGGGACUUUUGCUAUUAGGCAGUAUCAAAAGAAAAGUAGCCCAAGGAUAGGUUUUAAUCUAAGGCAAGAGUUGUUGACAUUUUAAGAUUGAGAUUAGCAGGUUGGGAAUCUGCCAACUGGUAAGAACAUUCUGUUUUUAUUUUUACUAACGUCUUCAGGUUUUUAGUAGAAUUUAAUAAAUAUGGACCGAGCUAGA